GCGUUGCUCGCGCGCUGCCUUCAGGGCUUCCACCCCCGCGGUCGCGCCCUGCCGCCCUCUGCACAAUGCACUUGCUGGGAUUAUUCUCUCUGGGUUGCUAUCUGGCUGCUGUGGCGGUGGUGCUGCUGGGAGCGCGCGAGCCUGCCACAGCCGCUGCCUAUGAAUCCGGGCAGGGCUAUGAUGAGGAGGAGCCCGAUCUGGGGGAGGCAAAGCAGACUCAUGCAAGUAAAGAGUUGGAAGAACAGUUGCGGUCUGUUUCCAGUGUAGAUGAACUCAUGACAGUACUUUAUCCAGAAUACUGGAAAAUGUUCAAGUGUCAGUUGAGAAAAGGGAGCUGGCAACACAAUAGGGAACAGUCCAGCUUCGAUGCAAGAUCAGAAGAUUCAAAUCCAAUAAAAUUUGCUGCAGCACAUUACAGUGCAGAGAUCUUGAAAAGUAUUGAUAAUGAGUGGAGAAAAACUCAAUGCAUGCCACGUGAGGUAUGUGUAGAUGUGGGGAAAGAAUCUGGAGCCACAACAAACACCUUCUUUAAACCUCCAUGUGUGUCCAUCUACAGAUGUGGAGGUUGCUGCAAUAGUGAAGGCCUGCAGUGUAUGAAUAUCAGCACAAGCUACAUCAGCAAAACAUUGUUUGAAAUAACCGUGCCGCUGUCUCAUGGUCCCAAACCUGUAACAGUCAGCUUCGCCAAUCAUACCUCCUGCCGAUGUAUGUCCAAGCUGGAUGUCUACAGACAGGUUCAUUCCAUCAUUAGACGCUCAUUGCCAGUGACACAGCCACAGUGUCAUGUGGUAAAUAAAACUUGCCCAAAAAAUCAUAUUUGGAAUAAUCACAUUUGCAGAUGUCUGGCACACCAUGACUUCAGUUUCUCUUCCUAUCUUGAAGAUACUGACACUGCCGAAGGAUACCAUGAUAUCUGUGGACCUAAUAAGGAGCUUGAUGAAGAAACCUGCCAGUGUGUCUGCAGAGGAGGAGUGAGGCCUUCCAGCUGUGGACCCCACAAAGAACUAGACAGAACCUCAUGCCAGUGUACAUGUAAAAAUAAAUUGCUGCCUAGCUCAUGUGGACCCAACAAGGAUUUCGAUGAAGAAAAGUGCCAAUGUGUAUGUAAAAGAAUAUGCCCUAAACAUCAGCCAUUAAAUCCUGCAAAGUGUAUUUGUGAAUGUGUAGAAUCUCCAAACAAAUGUUUCUUAAAAGGAAAAAGAUUUCAUCACCAGACAUGCAGUUGCUACAGACCACCAUGUACAGUUCGAACGAAACGCUGUGAGCCUGGAUAUUCUUACAGUGAAGAAGUGUGUCGUUGUGUGCCCACAUAUUGGAAAAGACCUCUUAUCAAUUAGAGAAGAAGCUAUCAUCUGACAAUUUGGUGUACAUUUUUCCUGUUUGUUUGUUUUUAAAGACUGCUAACAUUUUGGAUUUACUGUGCAGAAGAGACAUUAUAGGAUUAUCUGAGACAGACUCAUUUGUGCUGAGACACAUGGAAAGCAAAUGUAGAAAACUGGGAUUUUCUUCGCUAUGAAGAACUCACUAAGGACUUGAUUUUUGCCAAUGACCAAACUGCCUAGGUGUUCUUCCUUGUGAUUUUUUUAAAAAGAUAAUGACUAUAUAAUUUAUUUCCAUUAAAAAUAUUGUACUGCAUUCCUGUUUAUAGCAGUAACAAUUGUUAAAUUUAUCUGUGACCAAUAUUUUUAUAACACGCAAAGUAUGUUUUAAAUAAAAUGAAACUGUAUUAUAUACUGUU